UCAAGUGUCAAGGAUUGACAAAGUUUGAUGCAGUUUUUAUGUUUUGAUAAAAUAAACCUGAAAUUAUUUAACAUUUUGUGGUCUUAAUUCUUCAGAAAUAUCAAAAUCUUAAAAAAUGAUUGACGUAAAAACUAAAAUUAAUUCUUUCUUUAUUUUUAACUCUAGUUUUGGGCCCCGGGAAGGCGAUGAGCUACAAAGGAUAUUAUUCUAUCAUCCUAGCCAGGCGAGUGCUGAUACCCAGAAGAUGCAAGUCGGGCUAUGUGAAGCUGUAGUCAAAUUCAUGCUAACUUUUUCAUCAGAACCUUGUGAAGCUUUACAAACACAGACAAAAAGAUAUAUCUUCUAUCAACCAGAAAAAGGAUAUUGGAUGGUUUUGGUAGUCAGAAUACCAUACACAACAAAGGCAUUGUCAGCGAUUGGCGAAAGUCGAGGAGCCGAUGUUGUUGAUCCCUCUGUGAUGUUUGAAUUACUCAAAGCUGCUUACAAGAUGUUCAGAAUGUUCAAAGGGCUUUUCAAAGAUUACACUACUGAGGAAAUAUACACAGUUUGUGACCAUUUCUUCACACCGUACAUAACUUCAAGAAAUCUUUCAAAUGAUAUCACAGAUGUUAUUCAAGGAAUCAACUAUUUGCCUUUAGACAAGAACUCAUUCUUCAAAGUGCUCUGUUUUAUCGACAUAUUAGAAGUUAACUACCCGCAGUUCAAAUGUAUUUCUUUUAUUUACAAUGAACAACUUAUAUGGAAUGGCUUAGCAACACAAGACAUGUUAACAUUAUACCAAUACUUGGUGCAGUCAUUAUUACCAAGACAAGUUGAAAAGGAGAUCCAAGGAGGUGCAGUAGCAGCGGCACAGAGACAUGGCCGGUUCAUCCAUCCGCCUGAAGGUAUCCACAGCCAAGAGGACUUGCAGAAACUGGUUAAAGUACACGUCAUGAAAGAAGAUGACUUGGAAACGAAACAGUAUUAUUUGGUCAUCUACAGAACUAUGAGUGCUACUGUUUGUUUCACUGUUGAUGUUGAUGUGGAGCUACAAUUCGAAAUGUUCAGAUCACUGGAUGCAUUUAUUGGACCUCAACUCUCUGGUAUAGCAUCUACUAUAAGUGAGCAAUGCACAUUACAUGCACUGCAAACUGCACAGCUGGCUAUCUCUGAACACAAAUUUGUGUACUUUAACAGAUUGAAUUUAGCAUUUAAAAGUUCUCCACCAAUGAGCAAAUUACACCCAUCUGCUGCAAUAAAGCCUGAAGUUUUAAGUAUAAUUUCAAAUAUACACUCUGAGAAAGAAAGCCUUGGAAACUAUGGAGAAAUUAUAAUCAAAACUCCAGAUGAGUACUGGAUCACAGGGAAGGCAUCUAAUGACAGAGAGUUUUAUGUUAUCAUACAAGAGAAGAAUGCCAAUCUCAAAGAAAUAGCAGAUGAAGUACGCCGGAUAUGUGAAGCUCAAAUGAAGGGGAUAUUCUUUUAUCCUAUGUAAAUACUAUGAAUUUCUGGAGUUUAAAGGAAAAAGUAUUAGGUAUUCAAAUUGUCUCAAUCAACUAGUAACAGAUUAAGUUUUUCUUAUUUAUAUUAUUGAAUGAUUAUGCAAAUGCAAUGUAAAUAAUGUUAUCUUGUUACCUGCCAAUAAAUGUAUUUUAUAAAAAAUAAAACAACUUUUUGUCUUA